CGCUUCUUGUUUAUCUAUGGCGGUGACUCUCUUACCCUUCUCUUUCACCAGCUACCUAACUUCUUCCCUUCACACUCCCAGUCUUUGACCGAGUCCCACCGAGUCCCACCGAGUCGAACCGGGUUGACUCUCUCUCUCUCUCUCUUUCUCUCAAUCGGUAUUGGUUUUGUAGACGGAAAGGUGGAAGAUAAGGCUGCGUUUGCGUAGGUGAGUUUGUGAAUGUUUGGUUGGUUGGUUUAUUGAGAAAGGUGAUUUAUUUUUGUUGGUUUUAAUCGAAAGUGUUUGAUUGGUUUAGAGGAAGAUGAUGAAUGGGAAUAAGAAUGGAGGCGGAGGGGGCGGAGGAGGCGGCGGAGGAGGAGGGGGGUUUGGCGGGAUAGUGAGCGACUACAUUCGGAGGCACCACAGGCACGACCUUAACGACCGUCAGUGUACAUCUACUCUCGUCCGGCACAUCAAAGCCCCUGUCCAUCUUGUUUGGUCGUUGGUUAGACGAUUUGAUCAACCGCAAAAGUAUAAGCCAUUCGUCAGCAGGUGUGUGGUGCAGGGGAACCUUGAGAUUGGAAGUCUCAGAGAAGUUGAUGUUAAGUCUGGGCUUCCUGCCACUACAAGUACUGAAAGAUUGGAACUUCUUGACGAUGACGAGCAUAUUCUUAGCAUUAAAAUAAUUGGUGGGGAUCACAGACUUAGGAACUACUCUUCAAUCAUCUCCCUCCAUCCAGAGAUCAUUGACGGAAGACCGGGGACUCUGGUGAUCGAGUCAUUUGUAGUUGACAUUCCUGAAGGGAACACCAAGGAUGAAACCUGCUACUUUGUCGAAGCCUUGAUCCAGUGCAAUCUCAAAUCACUUUCAGACGUCUCAGAGCGACUUGCGGUACAGGACCGAACUGAGCCAAUUGAUCGGCUCUGAAAAUUGGAACCGAUAACACAUGGUGGAGGCGGGAGAGACUGCCAUGGAUGAAGCUUCCGAGGCUUUCGUAACUCGGAGGUUUGGGAGACGGACAGGCAGUUGUACACUUCCAUUUCACACACACAAAACGCGCUCAUAUUUUUGCUUGCCUUGUUUUCCGUUGGUAGAAAAUUAAAUUGUUAAAACUUCCUGUUUGUAGGAUCGUAAGAACCGCAGCUGUGGUAAAGGUUUCUGUAACCCUUUCGCGAAUGAAAAGUACAGGAAGAAAGAAAGGGACUAGGUUGUGUGUGAAUUUACGGGUUCUGUUUCGGUGAUGCGAUUUUGAUCGUGUAUACAUGUGCCGAGAGACGGCGUCUGUCUGUACACUGCUUUUGGAUGCUUUCAGCUUCUGCUUCUUGCUUUUCUUAA